AUGGGGGGAGUCCUGGGACUGUGCUCCGUGGCCAGCUGGAUACCAUGCCUGUGUGGCAGCGCCCCGUGUCUGCUCUGCCGCUGUUGCCCCAGCGGAAACAACUCCACGGUAACGCGGCUGAUCUACGCCUUCUUCUUACUUCUCGGCGUCGGCGUCGCCUGUGUGAUGUUGUUACCCGGAAUGGAGGAAGAGCUGAAGAAGAUUCCUGGUUUCUGCAGUGGUGACCGGACCAGCGGGCAGGUGAAUUGCGACGUCCUGGUGGGAUACAAGGCGGUGUACCGGGUUUGCUUCGGCAUGGCCAUGUUCUUCCUCCUCUUCUCCUUGUUGAUGAUCAAAGUCAAGAGCAGCAGCGACCCCAGAGCUUCGGUGCACAACGGCUUCUGGUUCUUCAAAUUCGUUGCAGCCGUGGCAAUUAGCGUCGGAGCCUUCUUUAUCCCAGAGGGACCCUUCACGACCGUGUGGUUUUACGUAGGUAUGGCCGGGGCCUUUUGCUUCAUCCUUAUCCAGCUGGUCCUGCUGAUUGAUUUUGCUCACUCUUGGAAUGAAUCGUGGGUGGAGAAAAUGGAAGAGGGGAACUCGAGAUGUUGGUAUGCAGCCCUCCUGUCCGCCACGGCUCUGAAUUACCUGCUGUCUUUGGUCGCGAUCGUCCUGUUUUUUGUCUACUACACCCAGCCCGAGGGCUGCUCCGAGAACAAGGCCUUCAUCAGCGUGAACAUGCUCCUCUGCAUCGGUGCCUCGGUCCUGUCCAUUCUGCCCAAGAUCCAGGAGUCGCAGCCCCGGUCUGGUUUGCUGCAGUCUUCGGUGAUCACGAUCUACACCAUGUAUCUGACCUGGUCGGCGAUGACCAAUGAGCCAGACCGCCGGUGCAACCCCAGCCUGCUGAGUAUCAUCGGCUACAAUACGACCAGCGGCCACCCCGGGCCGGGCCAGGGGACCGUCCAGUGGUGGGACGCCCAGGGGAUCGUCGGCCUGAUCCUCUUCCUGCUGUGCGUCCUCUACUCCAGCAUCCGCUCGUCCAACAACAGCCAGGUGAAUAAGCUGACGCUGACCAGCGACGAGUCGACGCUGAUCGAAGACGGGGGGCCCAGGAGCGACGGCUCCCCGGAGGACGGGGAGGAGGCCCGCCGGGCCGUGGACAACGAGAGGGACGGGGUCACCUACAGUUACUCCUUCUUUCACUUCAUGCUCUUCCUGGCCUCGCUCUACAUCAUGAUGACCCUGACCAACUGGUACAGCCCCGACGAUCUGAACGAGGCGCUGACCAGUAAAUGGCCGUCGGUCUGGGUGAAGAUCUCCUCCAGCUGGAUCGGCAUCGCCCUGUACGUGUGGACGCUGGUGGCCCCGCUGCUCCUCACCAACCGCGACUUCGACUGAGCCGGCCCCGGGCUCGCCUUGGUUUCCGUCGCCGACGUCCGCGGCGUGGCGUCCCGGACUCCGCGUGGCUGUAGAUACGGAUGCCUGUUCCCCGCCUAGUCGGUCUGCAUGAAUCGGGUCACCUCCCGUUAACCUUUUUAGCUCCGUCCUUUCCCGUCCAAGUCGCUAGUAUUUCUGUCGACUCCUAGCAGUGCUGUGGUUGUGAUCCCGCGUGGGAGAAGCCGGUAGGAGAGGGAGAGAGGAGGGAAGAACGCGUCGAGGAGCCGGCGCGCCGACGGAUACGCGCGCGCGGUAGAGCUGCCUCCUGGCCGUUCCCGACGCCCCGCCUCGGAAUCGACGGUCUGCCGUGCCGCGGCCGUUUAAGAUACGUGCCGCUUCUCUGAGGACUCUGAACCUCAGGUGUUUUCCCUCCGAUGCCGAGAGGUGGGAUUUUUUUUUUUUUCCCCCCUCCCCGCCCCGCCCAUCCGUGCAGAGCUCGUGGAUUUUACCGAGCGGCCCCCGGCCAUUGGCGUGAGGGGCAGAUGAGGAGGUCGGUCUGGCUCGGGCCACCCGGGGCCUCCUCCCCCUGGCCUAAAGCGAGACCGCGACCAGAAUCGCCCGCCUCGGGGCCAUCGAAAAUAGGAUGGAAACGGAAGGCGGCCAGCGUGGGACGGCGGGCCCGGGGGCUCAGAGGUGACCCGGUGGGAGGGGAGGGGCGGGAACCGCAGGAGAACAAAAUUCACUCACUUCCUCCGCAUAGAACGCUUUCCUUUUUCAUUAAUGGAGUUCACGGCUAAACCCCUAACCCUUCCCACUCCCCGGGGGGAUCCUUUCACGCCGCGGGGACGGGGACCUGCUUGGUCCAUUGCCGGCGGCGGACUCGAUUCCGGGAGAAUUUAACUCUGGUGGUGGGGGGCGACUAGGGAGUUACGUCUGUUUUAGAAAAAAAAAAGUGUGUCGUGUAGUAUUUGAAUAUCUUACCCGCCGUUGUAUCUAGCUGCUGCCCUGUAUUUGAAGCGUGCGGACUUAACACCCGCUCUCUCCCUCCCCGUCCAAGGGGGCGACGUUAAUCGGGACUGAAUUUAGACGUGUCUCGGCACCCGUGCGCCCCGACUGCCUCACGUAGCCUUGGUGUGCAUCCCCCGGUCUGAAACUCGUCCCCGAGCGCGUCGGGGGGGGGGGGGGGGGGUGACUCGACCCCUCCGAAGCUCAGGAGGGGGUCUCGGGGUGGGGGCGUGUGAAGUAUUAACCCUGUACAUAGUCGUACGCGCGUCUAUCUGUAACAUUAUCCCUCAAUAAAGACAGACUGUGAUGACGGAC